UUCCGGUGCGGCUCGGCGCUGUUGUGCCGUGCGGCGGACCGCGGUGCGUCCUGGGGCACUUUGGCGAUGUAGCGUCUGACUUUGUCUGCUUUAAAAAGCGUACUUUUCACCGCUUUCAAGAGCAAAAGGGUGCGUUUCCCGAACCAGCACUCCGUGCGCAAUGCGUUGCUGCGUGUUCUGCGCUGCUGGCUGCGGCUUUCCAUGGGCAGUGCGCUCGCAAACCCUGCGUGUGUGUGGCUGUGCCGUGUGCUGAAGGUCCCGCAGCACUUCGACUGCAGUCUGACGAGAGAAACAGCGAUCCGAGCAGGGAACGUCUUUAGAGACAGCAGCCAGAAUGUGGAGAAUCAUGAGGAAGUUUUCAGUGAACGCACUGAAGUUGUCAAGUUUGUGCAGUCAGCAUUCAUGUUUCAGGAAGCCAAAAGUUAUAGUCCUAAGUGUGAUGCAGCAAAACAGCAGUGAAAGGAACUACAGCUCUCCACCAAGAGAUGUUAAAUCUCUGCGUUCUGUCGUUAAUCCUCAUAUAUCCAGAAUCCGUAACAUUGGUAUCAUGGCCCAUAUUGACGCAGGGAAAACAACAACAACAGAAAGAAUGCUGUAUUACUCUGGAUACAUAAGAACACUUGGAGAUGUUGAUGAUGGAGACACAGUAACAGAUUUUAUGGUACAAGAACGAGAACGUGGUAUUACCAUUCAAUCUGCUGCUGUUACUUUUGACUGGAAGGACUACAGAAUCAACUUGAUUGAUACCCCAGGUCAUGUGGACUUCACAGUGGAAGUUGAACGUUGCUUGAGAGUCCUGGAUGGAGCAGUAGCAGUGUUUGAUGCUUCAGCUGGUGUUGAGGCCCAAACUCUGACUGUGUGGAGACAAGCAGACAAACAUCAGAUACCACGAAUCUGCUUUUUGAACAAGAUGGACAAAAACAGGGCAAGUUUUGCAUAUGCUGUUGAGAGUAUCAAACAAAAGUUGAAGACAAAACCUUUGAUUUUACAGUUGCCCAUUGGGGAAGCCAAAACCUUCAGAGGACUGGUUGAUGUUGUGACUAAGGAGCAAAUGAUUUGGAAACCUACAUCUGAUUUGGAUGAUGGCAUAUUUUUUGAGCAAAAGCCACUGAUAGAGUCGGAUAAUCCCAGCCUGUUCCAAGAAGUCCAGGAUGCUAGAAAUACCUUAAUAGAACAAGUUGCAGAUCUGGAUGAUGAAUUUGCUGAACUGAUUCUAGGAGAACACAGUGAAAAUUUUGACCUAGUACCAUCCAACAAGCUACGGUCUGCUAUACGCAGAGUCACCCUAGCUCAGAAGGCUGUACCAGUGCUCUGUGGCAGUGCACUGAAGAACAGGGGAGUGCAGCCGUUACUGGAUGCUAUUACCAUGUAUUUGCCCGCACCUCAUGAGCGUUCCUAUGAGUUUCUACACUGGUACAAUGAUGAUGACCUGUGUGCCCUGGCAUUUAAAGUUCUCCAUGAUAAGUGUCGUGGACCAUUAGUUUUCAUUCGCAUUUAUUCAGGUUCACUGAAACCUCAGUCGGCUGUAUAUAAUAUUAACAAAAGUUGCACGGAGAGAAUGAGCCGUCUGCUCUUGCCUUUUGCUGAUCAACAAAUUGAAAUACCAUCACUAAUGCCUGGAAACAUUGCCCUUGCUGUUGGCUUAAAACAGAGUGCCACUGGAGAUACGCUAGUGUCAUCAAAAGCUUCAGCUGUAGCUGCAGCACGCCAAGCUGGAAGGAGUGCUGGGGCAGAGCAGAGGAACACCAGUAACGUAGAGAGACUUCUGCUGGCAGGUGUUGAGGUUCCGGAGCCUGUCUUCUUCUGUACCAUUGAACCUCCUUCAAUGGCCAAGCAACAAGACUUGGAUAAUGCAUUGAGCUGCCUUCAGCGUGAAGAUCCAAGUUUGAAAGUGAAAAUAGAUCCUGACACAGGACAGACCAUUCUUUGUGGCAUGGGAGAACUGCAUAUAGAGAUCAUUCAUGACCGAAUCAAACGUGAAUAUGGAAUAGAGACAUAUUUGGGACCACUUCAGAUAGCCUACAGAGAAACCAUCCUGAAUGCUGCACAAGCCACAGAUGUAUUGGAUAAAGUAGUAGGAGAUAAAAGACACUUUGUGACUACAGAGCUAGAGGUGAGGCCUGUGUCAGGAGAAAGAACGGUGACCAAACCUAUCAUUGAGUAUGCUGAGAGUGUCAUUGAAGUGCUACCCAAAGAACUCCAGGAAGCAGUAGAAAAUGGAAUCACAAAUUCGUGCGUUCAAGGACCCUUGCUAGGCUUCCCUGUUCAGGAUAUAGACGUGACAGUGCAGUCACUGACAGUGCAUCCUGAUACCUCCAACACAAUGAUAUCAGCCUGCAUCUCCCGUUGCUUGCAGAAGGCUUUGAAAAAAGCUGGUAUUCAAAUACUGGAACCCCUGAUGAGCCUAGAAAUCACAGUAAGUGAAGAUCAUCUCAGUGCAGCACUUGCUGAUCUUGCACAACGAAGAGGCAGUAUUCAGGAAAUCCAGAGUCGUCAAGAUAACAAAGUUGUGAUUGCUGCUGUUCCACUAGCAGAAAUGAUGGGCUACUCAACAGUUCUGCGUUCUUUAACAUCAGGCUCAGCAACUUUUACUUUGGAGUUAGCCAGUUAUCAAGCCCUGAACAGUCAAGAGCAAAGUGCACUUCUUCAAAGGAGGAUGGGGUUGGUGUGACUGCUCUGCUGUGUAGAAAAAUAAAGAUACGACAUAUCCUCCAUACUAAAUAUUUCCAGGAAACCACCUACGUUGACCAGUGUGCUCUUCUGUGAUGAACUGAUAAUGGCAAAUGAUGAAUUAGCUGCAGCAUGAUAGACAUCUGCUUGUGACUUUCCAAGGGAACAUUCAAGGGACUGUAUUCUACAGGCAAAGCCUUCAAAUUGCAAGGUGGCCCACUAGAGAUGCAACCACAAUCUGCUGCCUUGGCAAUCCUUACCUUACAGAUAACCACAAUGAGAAGUGAUGUAAAUCCUUCGUAAAGGAAAUGAGCACUACGUGCAUUUCAGUGUGUAAAAGAGACUAUUUCUUAUAUACUAAGUAAAGUUUGUGAAGUUUUUAAGUUAAUGUCUGUGGAUGAAUAACUACAGUUUUGUCAGUCUGCAUCUUGAUUCGCUUUCAGCUGUAGACAAGACUGUUCAAGAAGCACUUUUAACUGUGAAAAUAUGUUUCUGUAUGGCUAGAAAUCAACUUGAAAUAGAAUUCAGGACACCGAUCUAACUUCAGUUUGCUUUAACAAGUACGUGGAAUAUGUCCAUCUGCAAAUUGAGUAAGCAAAAAAUACAAGAACCAGAGUUCUCCCACAACAUCAAUCCCCACCUGCUACUUUGCUGUACACUGAAGAUUUUUCAGAUGUCUAAGAAUGACUGAUUAAAGUUUUAAAUGGUCUGGA